UAUAAAUAUGAUCCGACUUCACUGAGCUCGGCACUCUGCUUCUGUUCCUCUUGAAGACAGGUUGACCACUACAGGAGAAAUCUUUUUGGUUGCACAAUGGCACGAGUCCUCGCAGCUCUGGGCAUUCUGCUCAUUCUACACAUCGCUGCAGCCAGUAAACUGGUGUGUCAUAUGACCAACUGGGCCCAGUACAGGCCUGGCAGUGCCAAGUUCACCUCAGACAACAUCGAUCCCUUCCUGUGCACACAUGUCAUCUACAGUCUUGCCACCAUCAACAGCUUCAACCAGAUCAGCCCUGUCGAGUGGAACGAUGAGGAGCAGUACAACAAACUCAACAGCUUCAGGAAUGUCAAUCCUGCACUGAAGACGCUGCUGUCUGUUGGAGGCACAGUCAAUGGAGUUAGCCCAUUCAUUGCCGUGGUUGCCAGCCCUGAGAGUCGAACAUCCUUCAUUAGAUCAGCCAUCAGCUUCUUGCGUUCCCAUAACUUCGACGGAUUGAACCUGGCCUGGGAAUAUCCCGGUCACAACGGCAGCCCAGAGGAGGACAAGGAGAAUUUCUCUCUGCUGGUCAUGGAGCUGUCCAAGGCCUUUGAGGACGAAACCAGAGGCAACAGAAGCCAGCUGCUGCUGUCAGCCAGUGUCGCUUCUCUCCGUCCCACCAUCGACAGAGCUUACGAGGUCAACAAAAUUGCAACCCACCUUGACUUUAUCAACGUCAUGACCUUUGACUACCAUGGAUCCUGGGAGGGAUUUACUGGACACAACAGCCCCCUGUACCGCAGUUCUGUGGACACUGGCGCAUACAUUCAUCACAACAUCGACUCUUCUAUAUCCUACUGGCUGGCUCUUGGAGCACCAGCUGAGAAGCUGCUGCUGGGUUUCCCCACCUUUGGACGAACCUUUCGCCUUAAUAGCAGUUCUUCUCUCCUGGGAGCACCAGCUAAUGGCCCCGCAGAUGCUGGACCCUACACUCGCACAGCUGGCUUCUGGGCCUACUAUGAGAUCUGUAGCUUCCUCUCCAGUGCUACUGUUGAAUGGAUAUCUGAACAAGAGGUACCUUAUGCCACCUAUGGCACUGCCUGGGUGGGCUAUGAUGACAUGCGAAGCUAUUCUUCCAAGGUCCAGUGGAUGACUGCCAACAACCUGGGAGGUGCUCAUGUGUGGACUCUGGACAUGGAUGAUUUUGGUGGAUCUUUCUGCUCAGCAGGAACUUAUCCUCUCAUCAACCACCUCAGGAUGUCUAUGGGAUUCGCCCCAAAGCCCACCACCACUCCAGCCCCCACCACCACCAAGGACCCCAUGGCAGAAUUCUGCCGUGGCCGUCCUGAUGGCCUGUACACAAAUCCAGCUGAUAGGAACACCUAUUUCCAGUGCUUCCGAGGAAACACCUACCUGCAACGCUGUCAGCCCGGCCUGAUCUACUGGGAUUCCUGCAAGUGCUGCAACUGGCCAUGAACCAAAGAAACAGUCCAUGAAUGUAUAAGACACUGAACUAUAUUUCAAAAAACUCCUUUCACAUAGUGUCAGCUUGCAGUGUUUACCUCAUGGUGCUGGGUUACAACCAGCCCUAAAAGUAAACCACUGAGUAUAUUGCUCUUUUCAGCUGACUCACUGCUUUCCAAAACAAAAUAAACAAUACCCUGUCAUUACAAGCCUUGUGAAUGAUGUGACUGAUUUGCUUGUACUUGUACUACUCAUUUUUGCGUUGUAUGAGAAAAGUAAACAUUUUCUCUGUA